UCGACCCAAAACCCUAGCAGCUGCACUAAACCUCAAAUCCCAUAAAAGAAAAAACGUGCCUCACUUCGCUUACUCUGCUGCAACCAAGAAACCUCCUACAUUCCUUUCCCAUUCUAGUUCACGCCAAAACAGUAAGCUAUGAGGCCGCCCAGAGGUGGAGGUUUUAGGGGCGGAAGAGACGGGGGCCGCGGUGGUCGAGGUGGUCGUGGUCGCGGCGGUGGCCGUGGUGGGUUUCGUGACGAGGGGCCUCCUUCUGAAGUCGUCGAAGUUUCCACAUUUCUUCACGCCUGUGAGGGUGAUGCAGUGACAAAGCUCAGCAAUGAGAAAAUACCGUACUUUAAUGCCCCUAUCUUUCUACAAAACAAGACCCAGAUAGGGAAAGUCGAUGAAAUUUUUGGUCCCAUCAAUGAAUCUCUUUUUUCUAUCAAAAUGAUGGAAGGCAUUGUGGCAACUUCGUAUUCGCCUGGGGAUAAAUUCUACAUUGACCCAAAUAAGCUCUUACCUCUUGCAAGAUUUCUUCCGCAACCAAAGGGACAGGCACAAGCUGCUGCAAGAGGCGGUCGUGGAGGAGGCAGAGGUGGGGGCCGUGGAGGUGGUGGCUUUCGUGGAAGGGGUGGUCCAAGAGGUGGCCGUGGUGGGCCUGCUAGAGGAGGUGGCCGUGGUGGUGGCUUUAGGGGCAGAGGGAGGUGAUAGAAGAACUUCGUGUGACAUUAUUGGUGCUUUUCUCUUUGGAAAUUUUCAUUUUAAAGUGCAAUGGACAAACAACAAUCAAUAUUUGGAUACUAAUCUGAACUUUGUUGUUAAUGAAGUGAUUUUUGUUGCUC